AUGCCGUUGGAUGUCGUCGGGAGGUUGAAGAUUGUGGACGAGGGAGCUGUUGAGAGCUGUCGUGAGCUAUUGCCUCAGUUCGGAGUUGAAAGUGGUUCGAUGACCGGAACACUUUUUGGAAGCUCGGGGCAGCUCCAUUACCUCACCUCGGCGACGGUCCCCCGAGAAUUUGGACAGCCAGGGGCCCCCGAUUUAGGUGAGCAUUUUGGUGGUGGGACAGGGCCUGCUGUUCCAGAUCCUUCGUCCGUCCCAUCAAACUUGACGCUUUCACAACAACAACACUCUGCUGCCAACCUUGUAUCGUCUUAUUCUGAGGUAUCUAGGUUUGAGCGCAACCCCGAAUUCUCUCAGAAGCAGAGAUACUCAAAAUCCGGGCCUUCAGGACUUGCAUAUCUCAGUCUCAUUCAAACCUGUCGAUGGUUCACGAAUGAGAGAAUCGCUCACCCUGCCGAGACUGCAUUUGACUACCAAGUUGUCAAGUCGUACUUGAAUUAG